CAUCGUAUUAUGCCCUAAUUUAUUGGAUUACCUUGGCCCAAUACACAUUCAUUUCUCUCUCCCUUUCUUCUAUUUCUUCCUGGGUCUCUUCACCAUGAGUAGCAGCGGCCGUGGUGGUGAAGCCUUUAGGGUUUUGAUCCCGGAGAAUGCAAAGAAAACAAUCCAAAACAUUAGAGAGAUCACGGGUAAGAAGCACAGCGAUGAAGAAAUCUAUGCGGUGCUCAAAGAGUGCGACAUGGAUCCUAAUGACACCGCCCAGAAGCUCUUUUAUUUGGAUACAUUCCAUGAGGUGAAAAGCAAGAAACGUGAUUGCAGAAAGGAGACAGCUGGCAUGCAGGGACGAGGGACAAGGGGUGCCCGAGGGAACCACUCUAACAAUACCUUGUCUGAUUUUGGGGCAGGGAGGAAUACAUCUGCUCGAAGAGAAAAUGGGACUAAUCACAUCACAGAUAGCGGUUCUAUCCCCUUGCCGGUUUCACAGAGAGGAAAAAGAAAUGCUGUUUCUUACAUGAAAAAAAGUCCAACUGCUGUCCCCAAUGGCAGAUCAAAUUUAUCUGAUGGGAGCUUAAUUCCUGGCGGUGUUAGUAAAGGGACCAAGGAUGCUGCACCUAUUAACGUGAAAACAUCAGCUACUGCUGCAGUGGUAGCAGAUGUACUGCCUGUCAAGGAAUCUUCUAACUCCGUUUCGUAUCAUACCUUAGCCUCAUUGGUAGGUGAUCAAGAGAAGCCCCUAACAAGUUCAAACCAGACCUCAACUUCUGCCACAGUAUCUAGCAUCAAUCUCUCUGCUUCAGACCUGGCGUUUCCACCAUCUUUACCCCACCAUUCUGGUGCAGUUGGUACAAUUAAAUAUGAAGAAGUAGAGCAGCAACAGGAAGCUACUGAAGUCAACCAUAUUCAAGGAAAUAUAGCAAUCUCUAAUGAUCAAAACUUGAACCACUCAAGGAAGGACCCUGGCAAACCAAAAGCUGCUGAACAGAUUGACUCUUCUGUGCAUCUAGAACACUCUCCACCCCAAGGGAUCACCUCAGAGAUUUCAAUUGUUACUGUUAAAGACAAUUCUAAAUUGCCUCCUACUGUUACUUCUGAUGAUCAACAUGUUAUUUUUCCUGCCCACUUCCAAGUCUCUGAGGCCUUAAAAAAUGGCUUGACUUUUGGAAGCUUUGAUCCUAGUUUCGGACUGGGAAUGAUGUAUAACAAUGUCACCAAUAGUGAGACCAAUUCAGCAUGUGCUGUUGAAUCUUCUCAAGGAAGUGAUGAGACUGCUGAAGAACUUUCUCCCAGCAAUCAAAGCGUAUCAUCAGCUCUGCAAGGAGAUACUUCUGAAGAACCUCAACCUCCUGUGUUUGAGGAAGUGCCAGAAUCAGAUAGCAGCAUUCCAUCCACUGCUGACUUGAAAAAUAUUCAGUCAAAUAAGGAAAUAAAGUUACAGGUAGAAAAUGAUCAGGGCCUUAAUGUCCAAAAUGCCCCCAGCUAUAAUUUAGGCUUCAUGCAACCCUUGUCAACAAGCAAUUUUGUGCAGUGUGAUGGAUCUGAGUCUCAGAUACAUGGUGUUUCUCGCUUUUCACACUUUGUUAAUGGUAAUGCUCCAGCUCCUUCUGGUAGUUCAACACCACCAGUUUCGAGCUCUGUUGUUGCACCUCCACAAGCAGUUCCUUUUUUCAGGCAGCCAUUCCCUCACUUCCCUUACUAUCUUUCACCUUUCUUAAUGUCACCAAUGCACCAAUUUUUAAGCCCUGGUGGUGGUCUCCCUCAGCAGCCUUCCACUGGCAAUGUCUAUCUGCCACCUGGAGCCCCUCCUUCUGGGGUCAAAAUCCCUCUUCCACAAUUCAAGCCUGGAGCAAAUGCUGGAAAUGUAACUCAUGUCACAAUUCCUUCUGGCUAUGGUUCAUAUAACACUCCACCUGUUGGUUUCAAUCCUGUUCCUACUGCAACCUCGGGGGGUUCUACCAGUAAGGAGGAUCUUGCAGCUUCUCAGUUGAAGGAAAAUAAUGUCAACGCAACAGGAACACCGAGUGAUGGUCCAGCUCUCUGGAUGCCAACACCAGGGCAAGACUUGUCUAACUUGACCCUUGGUUCUUUGUAUAACUUCUCCCUUCAUGGACAACAUGUUGCUUUCUCUCAUGCACAGGCUGGUCAUGGUUCCUUUGCAGGACUUUAUCAAACACCACAGACAAUGGCAGCUCCCUCAAAUUUUAAUCCCCUCCUUCAACAAUCUCAACCUGUAGCUGCAGCAGCUGAACCCAUGGGACCCAUAACUGCUUAUCAACAGCCUCAACUUGCGCAGUUAAAUUGGAACACAAAUUACUGAACUGUUAUUAUAUGGAAUGGAGCUUAAUGAUGAGAAAAAAUUGGGAGAGAUGAAACACCUGGCCUGCUUUUUGAGUGUAAAUAGUAAAGGUAUGCUGCAAUUUUAGUGUAACAUCAGCAGUUGGGAUACAUGUUUGAUUCAUUGAAGCAUUGAUUGGAGCAGAGCUUGUUAUCUUUUACCCCUUGUUCCUUGGUAACAAACUUUUUGCUGUUUCUAUUCAAGUUCUUGUUUCAUUGAGAUACUAUAGGAAAUUUUAAAGAGGUGAAUAGAGUAGGUGGGAUUUUUAUGUUAGAUUUCCCUCUUGUAAUGUCUCACCUGUAUAUUACAUUUUGAUAGCAAGGGAUUAUAUAGCUCUGUAAUUGGUAUAUGGAAAGUACUCAUUUUUUUUGCACUUGACUGAUAUUUUUUUCUGGUUUUAUUUUUACUGGAAAAUCUAGUGGUUAUUGUAAAGCUGUGUGGUUUGUUAGUUU